CGUUCAAUCCAGGCCAGUUUCUCCCCGUUAAAUCAAGAGUCGAUUGCUAAUCAAUCCCUUUUCGCAGUUCAAUCAAGCGUCGAUUCCUACUUACCCCUUUUUCCCUAGCCUUCGGAGAGGUUCUAGGUUUUCGGCACGAAAACCUGGAGAAGCGCGGAGCGCUUCGACGUAUUUUACUUAAUUAUAGAACCCUUUUUAAGAUGGUAUCAAGGUACGUGGCUACUUUUUCUAUAUAUAACCAGCUCCUAGAGGCGCGGCUUUAGUAAGGCAUACCUUUCUUUCUUUACAUAUAACAUCCUCUCUUUCCCUCCAAGGAUAGAGCCUUAGGUAUUACCAGCAUUUGAAUACCAGUCACGCGUGAGGCGACAACCCUACAGUACGCACGCCCCAGUCAUGGCUACAGAAACGUUUCACCCCUUCGGGAGACUGCCUCCGGAACUGCGAGAUCAAAUUUGGGACCUGGCAACGCUACCACUGUCACCAAACCAUCGACCUGCAGCUCAUUUUUUCACUCUUGCCAACAUGAGAGAAGACCGCUCGAUGAUCUCACUCAAGGACACCAUCUCUCAUGAUCCCUGGCACAGGUAUUGCUUAGUAGCCCCGCAGUGUAGUGGACCGGGGAAAAUGUCAUGGACAGAGUCAAAUCCUUCAGCAUAUCUAUCAGAGAUCGGCCUAUGGGGGGCUUGUAAAGAGUCUCGACGGCGAGUUCAGAAUUAUCGAGAUCCACUCAGCUGGAGCGAUUGGCGCGAGGUGUCAACGGAUUACGACGGAUCUGACAAGCUCGAUCGGCUCCCGCUUCUGGCGACAUUCUACUCUGAUGGGCAGAAUCAGAACUUCACCAUUUAUCCCAGAUCGGACCUUUUGUGUAUCCAGCCAUUUAACUUCGAUACUAUCAAUUGGGCCGAUAUUCAUUGUAACAAUUCAACGGUCAUCGGAGCAUUCGUCGGGGUACACCAUAUGGCUCUGGAGUUUGACCCGACAUGGGGCGACCCCUUAAGGGGUCCACCACCUUGCCUUGACAAGACGGGACCGCUUCGAUGCAUUGCGACAGCGGUCUCGUUUGAGACACAUUGGGUCAACAAUCUUUGGUUUAUCGACUACCGGAUUCGUCGGCGACCGGGAUCAACUCUCAACGAAAAAAGACACGUAUUCUAUGCCAAUUCAUGCAGAUAUGUCCAGGUCAGAGAGACCGAUACGGACUGGGAACUCGCUACUGAACCCGAUAUCUUCGAGUUUCUUGUUGACUUGAACGAAUCACUGGAGGAGUACUUCGCCGUUUAUUAUUUCGCGGAGGAAGAACGCCCAGAGACUAAUUGCCCCCGGUGGGGCCAGCCAGUGAUUGGAGUUCUAGCCUGCGAGGUAUCAUCAAAUGAAGAAUCACCGUGGUUAGCUUUUAAGAGUUCAGAAGGCGGCAUUUGUAAAAUGUGAAUGAGCAGGAUUGGGAAUCUGGUAACCUAUACAGUAUAGUUGCAGCACAGCGAUUCGACAUGCGGGGAUAGAGUCAUCUCAGCCUAGGUAUAUUAUAUCGUCAAUUUCCUCAUUACCGCCUACUCACGCUUUUGCGUAGUAGCAGCUAUCAAGAGAAGUAGGAGCUACCUUUAGAAAACGAAGGUAUAUAGUUAAUAGUAACAGAGCUAUAUAUUUGUGAACUGUAA